AUGAGGGUCAUCAAGCCCAACUGGGUCGAGCAUACUGGCGGGGAGAAGAAGGCGAAAUGUCCCGUAUACUCCAUGUCGGUCCACCCGGACGGAACGCGGCUGGCUACUGGAGGGAUGGACCGGAAGAUCAAGAUCUGGUCGACUUUGCCUAUCCUGGACCCGGAGGCGGAGAAGGUUGAGGAGAACCACAAACUCCUCUGCACGAUGUCAGAGCAUACAGGCUCUGUUCUGGCUGUGAGAUGGGCGCAUCAUGGUCGGUUUCUGGCCAGUGGGUCUGAUGAUCAAGUAGGGAUGAUCUGGGGACUAGACCCAGACGGAGGAGGAAGGCUUUGGGGAUCGGACGAAGUCAACGUCGAAAAGUGGAAGCCGCUUACAAGGCUUGUCGCCCAUGUUGCUGAUAUCAUCGACAUGGCGUGGUCAAGAGAUGACUCCAUGCUUGCUUCAGUCGGUCUGGACAGCACCGUGUGGAUCUGGGAUGGGCGGACUUUUGAUCGGAUCAAGAAGCUGGACAAGCACGAGGGCUUCGUCAAGGGAGUCUGCUGGGAUCCGGUCGGGAACUUCCUCGCUACCCAGUCCGACGAUAAGACCGUCAAGAUCUGGAAUACCGACACUUGGGAGCUGGUCCAGAGCGUCGCUGAGCCCUUCGCCGGCUCCGGCCAUGCUACCUUCUUCCGACGGCUGAGCUGGUCGCCUGAUGGCGCCUUCAUCGCCGCUUCGAACGCCAAGAACGGGCCCGUCUUCGUCGCAACAUGCAUUUUCAGGGACGAAUGGACCCACCCUAUCUCGUUUGUCGGGCACGCCAACACCAUACAGGUUGCCUCCUUCAAUCCCAGGCUGUUCUUCCCACCAGGCCAAGCGGCGACUCGAGGGACCGCCUCGUGCAUGCUCGCGUUGGGCGCGGACGACUUCAGUAUCUCCAUCUGGAGGAAUACCGCGCAUGUGCCACUGGUCGUUCUGAACAACCUGUUCGAACAUUCCCUGCUCGAUCUAUGCUGGUCAAAUGACGGUCACCAUCUCUACGGCUGCUCCGAGGACGGCACGGUCUGCGCCAUUUCCUUCGACGACGAAGAGAUCCCGGACCUCGGUACGCCCGCACAAACGGAAUUGAUCCUCGCGGAGUACGAUUAUGUCCCUCAGCAGCGGAGGAUCGCCCCUCCUCCUUCGGUUGUCUCUAAUGGUUUCGGAGGCGCCUCCGCCGCUGCAUCUGGUGUGGUCAACGUCAUUCAAGCGCGAAAGGCCAAGCCAGGGGAUCAGCGUCGUCGCAUCAAUCUCCCCAAUUCCUCUUCUAGCGCCGACCCCAAUGUCACGUCCAACGCCCUUGCCGGACCAUCCCGAGCCCCGCUGGCGCGACCGAGACUUAACGGACCGUCCCACGGCGAAGGGCAAGAUAAUGAGCCUUCCGUGUUUGACGCACCGAUCGAACAAUUUGCGAGCCCCUCCCAGGCCCAGGCGUCCACGGCGCGGAUGUUCCGGGAUGCAGGGUCGGCGUUUGGGCAAGGCCGAGCUGUGUCGCCCAGCAAGACAGGUGGCAAGAGGAGGGCCGAUGCGUUGUAUGAUGACCGCGCGCCCAAGGGGAGGAUGAUGGGCGGAGGGGUCAGGCGGGAGGCGGAUGUCAGGGAGAUCCGGGCGGCGAGGAUACCUCAGGCAGAAGGUGCGGGCGGGACCCAGCAGAGAUUACCAACUCCGGUCAUCCAGGCGACGCUGCGGGCAAAGCCCAGAGAGGGCAAAGGAGGCGCGGCUGCAGACGGCGCUAUGAUGUUGGAGGCGAGAAAUGCGGGCCGGGCGGGAGAGAAGAAUAUGCUAUCGUAUACGGUGGGCGAGGAGGAUGUUUGGGUCGAUUAUCUGCCGAGUCCGGCGGUGGCGCUCGCGGUAGGAGGGCGGUGUGCCGCGGUAGGGUGUGAGAACGGGCAGGUUGUGGUAUACUCUUCAGCGGGACGACAUCUUCUCAACCUCCGGAUACCUCAUAUGCCCGUCGAAAUCUCCAUUUCGGGCCACCAUGUCGCGAUUCUCACGGACGACUGCAAUGUUCGCGUCUAUUCGGCCAAGACUGGCAAGACCCUCUGCACGCCUACAUCAUGCGGACACCUCCUCGACAGCUCCACCGCCACUCCCUUCGAGAUCAUACACUUCGAUGUCCAUCCUACCGGCGCGGUCGUCAUCCAGACAUCUGAGCCAGCCGCGUACGCGCUCGACCCCUUCUCCACGUCCUGGAUCCCCCUUAUCACCCCCUUCCAAGUUACCGGCUCACCCAUCUCCGGCUCAGCCGGCCCGCUAGGCCCACGUGGACCUCUCGCGCGGAUCGAGAAGAAUCUUCGGGAUGCAGCCCAGCUGGCCAGUGUUCCCCGCACUGAACGGCCGGAAUGGUGGGAUGAAGCUUUGACGCUCGGUCAUUUGGAGAUGCGUAUCAAGGGCGCUGAAGCCCUGGGAAGCGGGGAAGAGUGGGUGCAUUGGGUGAAAGAAUACGCCCGAUAUGUGGGUAAAGAAGGCUUCGAGGGACGGGCGGAAGAGAUGAUCAAAGAGUUGAUGGGGCCGCUGGGAAUAAGUGCGGCGACGAACGAAUGGAGGUCAGAAGUGGACGGGGUGACGAAGAGAAGCGCAGCGAGACAAGUUGUGGAUAUUCUGGCGCAAAGUGAAAAUCUCGCGAGUCUGGCGGCCAAGUACGAUUCUAUCAUCCGCUUGGUUCAAUCAGGAUGA